AUGCAGCAGAGCGGUGUGUCCUGUGCACCUGAGCCCUCUGUACGGCGGCUCGUCGAUACUCAGCUGCUGUUAUCAGCGCAGGCGCAUAAUAUCGCACCAACUUGCGCACCCUACACAUUGUUUACACACGUUAUCUGUUCGAGGGAGUGCGGAGACAGUGUCAUUGAGCAUCCGUGUGAAACUGUGAGCGGCGCGCUCUACGCGCCAUACAUUAAACAUGACGACGACGGACGUGCUGGCCACGUCACGCGAAGAGCGCGACACACCGCGUUACAGAUCUACAUUGCGCGAACGGAACCGCGACGUAGAACUACCAACUACCUGUUUCCCACAAGUCUCUAG